CGCGGAGAGCCGCGGGGGCGGAGCGGCGGGCGGGGCGGAAGGCGAGGGGGGUGCGGCGGCGGAGGAUGGCCAUCUUAAGUGGCCGCUGAGAGUCCAGGGCCGCUUCCCCGGGGAAGGGGGCUUCGGAGCAGCCCAGGAGUUGAGGCCGGCGCUGCUGGCGGCGUCGGCUGCGCGGCAAACCCGGCGGCAAGCGCGGCGGAACGCGGAGCUCCGAUCUCCGGGUCGGCCUCGCCGGCGGAUCCUUAGCCCCGGGACCCGGGCCCGGUCCCAGCCUCAGCCCCAAGCGUCCCAGGGCGGAUGGCGCGGGGAGGUGGGCGCGGGCGGCGCUGAGCCCUGCGCGGGCCAUGGCCUCCGCGUGCGGGGCGCCGGGCCCGGGGGGCGCCGGGCCGGGGGCCGCUUUGGGCAGCCCGGCCCCCGCCUGGUACCACCGCGACCUGAGCCGCGCCGCCGCCGAGGAGCUGCUGGCCCGGGCAGGCCGCGAUGGCAGCUUCCUGGUCCGAGACAGCGAGAGCGUGGCGGGAGCCUUUGCUCUCUGCGUCCUGUAUCAGAAGCAUGUGCACACGUACCGGAUUCUACCUGACGGAGAAGAUUUCCUGGCUGUGCAGACCUCGCAGGGUGUGCCGGUGCGGCGCUUUCAGACCCUGGGGGAGCUCAUCAGCCUGUAUGCCCAGCCCAACCAGGGCCUGGUAUGUGCCCUGCUGCUGCCCGUGGAGCGGGAGCGAGAGCCAGACCCGCCGGACGACCGUGACGCCUCAGAUGGGGAGGACGAGAAGCCCCCACUGCCCCCGCGCUCUGGCUCUACCAGCAUUUCUGCCCCCCUGGGGCCCAGCAGCCCCCCACCAGCCCCUGAGACCCCCACAACUCCAGCUGCUGAGAGUGCUCCCAACGGACUGAGCACUGUCUCGCACGAGUACCUGAAAGGUAGCUACGGGCUGGACCUGGAGGCCGUGCGGGGCGGAGCCAGCAACCUGCCACACCUCACCCGCACCCUCGCCACCUCAUGCCGGAGGCUGCACAGUGAGGUGGACAAGGUCCUGUCAGGUCUGGAGAUCCUGUCCAAGGUGUUUGACCAGCAGAGCUCACCCAUGGUGACCCGCCUUUUGCAGCAGCAGAACCCACCACAGACCGGGGAGCAGGAAUUAGAGAGCCUGGUGCUGAAGCUGUCAGUGCUAAAGGACUUCCUGUCAGGCAUCCAGAAGAAGGCCCUGAAGGCCCUACAGGACAUGAGUUCCACAGCCCCUCCGGCCCCACUGCAGCCAUCCACACGUAAGGCCAAGACCAUCCCCGUGCAGGCCUUUGAGGUGAAGCUGGAUGUGACCUUGGGUGACCUGACCAAGAUCGGGAAGUCACAGAAGUUCACGCUGAGUGUGGACGUGGAGGGUGGGCGGCUGGUGCUGCUACGGAGACAGCGGGACUCGCAGGAGGACUGGACAACCUUCACGCAUGACCGCAUCCGCCAGCUCAUUAAGUCCCAGCGGGUCCAGAACAAGCUGGGUGUUGUGUUUGAGAAGGAAAAGGACCGGACGCAGCGCAAGGACUUCAUCUUCGUCAGCGCCCGGAAGCGUGAGGCUUUCUGCCAGCUCCUGCAGCUCAUGAAGAACAAGCACUCCAAGCAGGACGAGCCUGACAUGAUCUCCAUCUUCAUAGGCACCUGGAACAUGGGAAGUGUGCCGCCUCCGAAAAAUGUGACAUCUUGGUUCACAUCAAAGGGUCUGGGGAAGACCCUGGAUGAGGUCACGGUGACCAUACCCCAUGACAUCUAUGUUUUUGGGACCCAGGAGAACUCAGUGGGUGACCGCGAGUGGCUGGACCUGCUCCGCGGGGGCCUCAAGGAGCUCACAGAUUUGGAUUACCGCCCGAUUGCUAUGCAGUCACUGUGGAACAUCAAGGUGGCUGUGCUGGUCAAGCCAGAGCACGAGAACCGCAUCAGCCACGUCAGUACGUCCAGUGUGAAGACCGGCAUUGCCAACACCCUGGGAAACAAGGGGGCCGUGGGUGUCUCCUUCAUGUUCAAUGGCACCUCAUUUGGCUUUGUGAAUUGUCACCUCACCUCGGGAAAUGAGAAGACUGCCCGGCGGAACCAGAACUACCUGGACAUCCUGCGGCUACUCACGCUGGGCGAUCGGCAGCUCAGUGCCUUUGACAUAUCUCUGCGUUUCACUCACCUCUUCUGGUUUGGGGACCUCAACUACCGCCUGGACAUGGAUAUACAGGAGAUCCUGAACUACAUCAGCAGGAAGGAGUUUGAGCCCCUGCUCAGGGUGGACCAGCUCAACUUGGAGCGGGAAAAGCACAAGGUCUUCCUUCGAUUCAGUGAGGAGGAGAUCUCCUUCCCACCGACUUACCGCUAUGAGCGGGGUUCCCGGGACACGUAUGCCUGGCACAAGCAGAAGCCAACUGGGGUCCGGACCAACGUGCCUUCAUGGUGUGACCGGAUUCUUUGGAAAUCCUAUCCCGAGACCCACAUCAUCUGCAACUCUUAUGGUUGCACGGAUGACAUUGUCACCAGUGACCACUCCCCCGUGUUUGGGACAUUUGAGGUUGGAGUUACCUCUCAGUUCAUCUCCAAGAAAGGGCUCUCAAAGACCUCAGACCAGGCCUACAUUGAGUUUGAGAGCAUUGAGGCCAUUGUGAAGACGGCCAGCCGCACCAAGUUCUUCAUCGAGUUCUACUCCACCUGUCUGGAGGAGUAUAAGAAGAGCUUUGAAAAUGAUGCCCAGAGCAGUGACAACAUCAACUUCCUCAAGGUGCAGUGGUCCUCACGCCAGCUGCCCACGCUCAACCCCAUUCUGGCUGACAUCGAGUACCUGCAAGACCAGCACCUCCUGCUCACAGUCAAGUCCAUGGACGGCUACGAAUCCUAUGGGGAAUGCGUGGUGGCGCUCAAGUCAAUGAUUGGCAGCACAGCCCAGCAGUUCUUGACCUUCCUGUCCCACCGCGGCGAGGAGACAGGCAACAUCCGUGGCUCCAUGAAGGUGCGGGUGCCCACAGAGCGCCUGGGCACCCGUGAGCGACUCUAUGAGUGGAUCAGCAUUGAUAAGGAUGAGGCAGGAGCAAAGAGCAAAGCCCCCUCUGUGUCCCGAGGCAGCCAGGAUCCCAGGUCAGGGAGCCGCAAGCCAGCCUCCACAGAGGCCUCCUGCCCACUGUCCAAGUUAUUUGAAGAACCAGAGAAGCCACCACCAACUGGGAGGCCACCAGCCCCACCCCGAGCUGCUCCCCGGGAGGAGCCCUUGACUCCCAGGUUGAAGCCAGAGGGGGCUCCAGAGCCGGAAGGGGUGGUGGCCCCCCCACCCAAGAACAGCUUCAAUAACCCUGCCUACUACGUCCUUGAAGGGGUACCACACCAGUUGCUGCCCCCGGAGCCACCCUCACCUGCCAGGGCUCCCGUCCCACCUGCCACCAAGAACAAAGUGGCCAUCACAGUGCCUGCCCCACAGCUUGGGCGUCACCGGCCUCCUCGUGCCGGGGAGGGGAGCUCAUCAGAUGAGGACUCUGGGGGCACACUGCCCCCUCCAGACUUUCCACCACCACCACUGCCGGACUCAGCCAUCUUCCUGCCCCCUAGUCUGGAUCCUCUGCCAGGGCCAGUGACCCGGGGCCGCAGUGGGGCUGAGGCCCGUGGCCCACCACCUCCCAAGGCCCAUCCAAGACCCCCACUCCCGCCAGGCCCCUCGCCCACCAGCGCUUUCCUGGGGGAGGUAGCCAGUGGGGAUGAUCGCUCCUGCUCCGUGCUACAGAUGGCCAAGACGCUGAGUGAGGUGGACUAUGCUCCUGCUGGGCCUGGCCGCUCCAUGCUCCUGCCAGGCCCCCUGGAGCUACAGCCACCCCGGGGGCUGCCCUCGGACUAUGGCCGGCCUCUCAGCUUCCCUCCACCUCGCAUCCGAGAGAGCAUCCAGGAGGACCUGGCAGAGGAGGCUCCGUGCCCGCAGGUCGGGCGGGCUGGUGGGCUGGGUGAGGCAGGCAUGGGAGCCUGGCUGAGGGCCAUCGGCUUGGAACGCUAUGAGGAGGGACUGGUGCACAAUGGCUGGGACGACCUGGAGUUUCUCAGCGACAUCACUGAAGAAGACCUGGAGGAAGCUGGGGUGCAGGACCCAGCUCACAAGCGCCUCCUCCUGGACACCCUGCAGCUCAGCAAGUGACCGCGGUGGUAUUUUGAAGCUGCGAACUGAGCGCCAAACCCGCCCUUGAAGGCCCAGCCAGAGCCCUGGUCGGGGCAGUACUUCUCUGCCUAUUUAUUGGGGACCUGUGUUCCCUACUGCCCAAUCAUUUGCCCAAUCAUUGUCCUAAUUAGGACAUCCUACCCCUUACCUUUUAGAGCCAGGGCUGCGGAGGUCAGUUACCAUGGUUACCGAGGACCUCGGUUAUUCUGGUGCUGUCCUCCCUUUCUGGGCCAUUCCUCCAGCCCCAGGGGGGCCAUGGGGUCCACAUGGGUACGUCUUGGGUCCCCAUUUUCACCGUUGUUCCUGCUGCCCUCCACCCAGCUUGAACCACUGGUGGAGGGGCUCAGCUGGGACCUCUCCCAACCCCUGGUCAGGGGUGUCCGUCCGGAAAUGAAGGAAUAGCCCGAGAACUGGGCUGGGGUUUAUUUAAGCUUUUCUGUGUGGGUUUAGGGAGGGCUUGCACUUUAAUGUUAUUGGGGCUGGUUUGGGUGGGGGCAAAGAAUCUUGGCCACAAAGCGCCAGUUUGCUUAGUUUUGUCUCCUGGUCUAUACCACCUGCGCUGCAGCUGUGUGGCAGCUGGGGGUUCCUCGCUGGUCAUAAGGGGAACUGGGCUCUUGCAGGCAGCCUGUCCCCUUCAUGGGUACCGAAGGGCUCCAGUGUGAUGUCAAUAAAUUAAGUUUUAUUUGGAUUGAGCAAAA